GUGGUUGGGCCCAGGCAUAGUGUAGUUCAAAGGCUGUGUUGUACGAUAUCGUAAAAACCUGACGUUACUGCAUUGCCAAUUCCUCAUCGUAGUAUCUCAAAUUAUUCCUCAACGCCAUGAGUUUUAUUCUACAUAAUAUAUGCUGUAUGUAUGGUAUCCUAAGAGAUCCCACAUGAUCAACUAAUCACAAGAUACCCACACAAUAUCACAUGGCCUCUUGCGGUAUCAGAGGAUCGUAAAAAUUCACUGCUGACUAUAAAUCAUAUAUAUCGCCAUUUGGGGAUUUGAAAAGGAAACACUGUAGUGGAUCGGAAGGUUACUCAACCAUUUACAGAGGGUUAAGUGACUAAACUGCUGUAAGUGAAGAAAAUGGUGAGGUAUUGGCCUGUUAUAGAGCUUCUUUCAUUUCUGAACUUUUUUGGAACAACUCUGUUGGACAUUAUCACUCAAAAGUACAUCUAUGGCAGUUCAGUGAAAGAUCAUGCAGAUUUUGAGAGACCCAAUUGUUGUAAAACAUUGAAUAAUGCUACCUGUGGUGGUUUAGAAAACCCUGGCCUCAUUUCAGCUGAUAAUGAUCAUUGGUUACUUUAUAUAAAUUUAGUGUCAUUUUUGGUAGCAAUGCCAUCAACAAUAAUUCUUGGAAUCUGGAGUGAGACUGAAGGACGCAGAAAUGUGUUGGUUGCUACCUUGAUAGGCAUUGCCUUACGUGCAGCUUUGUUUACCAUCAUUAUAAAGUUUCAAGCACCGUUGUACUUUUUUGUGAUUGCUAGUCUGAUGACAAGUGCGGUGGGAUACAACACUAGCUUCAUGGCAUCAUGUAUGGCAUAUACUGCCGAUAUUACAAGUAAUGAACAAAGAACUUUGAAAAUUAUGUGCUUAGAUUGUGCAGCAGGGAUUGGAAUUGGCUUGGCUUAUUUUAUUAGUGGGUUCUAUUUGGAAAGUCAAUCUUUCUAUGAUAUCCUCUGGCUUAUCAUGGCUAUUAUGGUAUUUAACAUUUUAUGCGUGAUCUUCCUACUGGAAACAAAUGUCUUUACCCACGAACUUACUCAAAUCUGCAGAUGCAGUGAUUUUGUGGGCAUUUGGAAAAUUUUCAGUCAUGAUCCAGGAAAUGGUCGAAGAUGGCGCUUAGUUACAUAUAGUGCUGCACUAUUUGUUGGUGGAGUGGUUUUUUAUGGGACAAAUGAUCUGAUUCUUUUUCAUGCCCAAACAUAUCUUUGUUUUACUCUGAUCCUGUUGGGUUUCUUAUCUGGUGCUCUAGCUCUGCGAUAUAUUGUAAGCCUGGUCUUUGUCAAGUUGUUUCAGACCAUCUUAAAAAUGGCCAAUAACCUGAUCAUUGAAGCUGGUUUACUGUCCCUUUUUGCUGGUCUUAUUGUGGCAGUAUUUAGCAGGACAACGCGUUUUUUGUUUAUUGUUCCAGCAUUUCAGUUUUUAGGUGGCAUGCCAUUAUCAGUGAUGAAAGCCAGUUUGUCUAGGCUGGUAGAACCUCAGGAACAGGGAACAUUGUUUGCGGUUGCCUCAUGUUUGGAGGCCUCAGCAGCCUUUCUUGGAGUUAUUCUAUUCAGUGAAGUUUAUGAUGACACAAGCAAGAUAUUAACUGGACUACCCUUUGUGAUAGGAGCCUUGUUACUGAUUGUUCCAGCUGGUCUUGUUGGAUUUUUGCACAAAAAUGAAGAUCCUACUUCAAGAUAUUUGUUUUUCCCAGAGGAAUCAGAGUGUGACUUUGGUCACCAGUGUACAAUCAGUGUCCGGUCAAAAUCUGCUCCAAAAACUGUCAGUGUGCCCGUGGUAUCUAAUGAAGACUUUGUUGUUGUGCAUCAUCAAAAUGAAUGCCAGACCAGCAAUGUGGCUACUAAUGGUCGCCUAAUGCCUGUAUAAAUUUUUGCAACUGAUAAACUAUUUGCACUCUGCCAAACUAACAAUUUUUCUAAUGGCAUUGUUCAUUGCUUAUCCAAUAACUACAGCCAUGAACAAGUGGUGUGAGAAAUUUUUGUCUUAGCUUUGCAGAUGGUGAAAAGGUCAUCUGCUUCAUAGACUGUCACGUUAAACCUGAUUUGAGUUGUCAUUAUAAAUGUUAUCAUCUCCAUUAUUAUUACUAUUAUUAUCAUCACUAGUAUUCAUAUAGACCAGUCAGUAUUAUAUCAUUAGUAAUAUUUUAUAAAUACAGCAUUUCGUUCCCUU